GAGCUGAAAAGUUGAGACGCCACUUAACCGCCGCACCUUGUGUGAGCUUCACUCAAUUAAUUACAAUGUCUUGCUGGGUUCGUGUGGUCACUACGCUGGUGUUCACUGCAAUUUAUAUCAACGCGGAAGUUACAAUGAAUCAACCACCUUCGAAAUCCACAUCUCCGGGGCAGACCGUCCAAAUACCCUGCACCUUGUCUGGAACUUCUUUAGGAAGUAGCAAUGUUGCCUGGAUCCAGCAGAUUCCCGGAAAAGUUCCUCGGUAUCUGUUCUGGUAUUAUUCGGGGAGCAGCAUUAACAGAGGUUCCGGAGUUCCGAACCGUUUCGGCGGCUCAGUAUCCGGAAACACGGCAACAUUGACAAUAUCGAGCGUCCAGUCGGAGGAUGCGGCAGACUAUUACUGUGCUGUCUGGAAAGAUGCUUUAAUCUUCGGGAAAGGAACGAGGCUGGCAAUUGGCAAUCCUCGGGCUCCCGCCGUCUCCGUCCUCCGGCCUUCCUCAGAAGAAAUCACGGGAAAAGCCACAGCGACGCUGGUGUGUUUGGUGAGCCGUUUUAAUCCCGGCGCAGUGGACAUUGAAUGGACCCUAGACGGUCGUGCGAGAAAGGACGGCGUGGAGACGAGCCCUGUCCAGCAGGACACGGACAACACGUUCAGUGUGAGCAGUUACCUGACUCUGCCAGCCUCAGAAUGGAACUCACACGAGCGUUACUCCUGUGUGGUUACGCACGAAAGUCAAGCAAACCCCUUUGAAGAAACGAUCACGAGAUCCGGCUGUGUCUAAAACUAUAUUUAAAACUUAAUCAAAAUGAAAAGCUUAUUUUCCUAGACUUUUCUUCAUCAAAAUGAUUUUGAACCAUUAUUCUUUUGUAGUUAAGUAUUUGCAUUCGGAGUCAUCAUGUAAGUUUUGUCAGUCUUAAUUGUGUUUCUAUUAAAUCGGUAUCGUUGUUAAUUGAAACUCCAAUGGUAUUUAAUCUCAGUUAAAUGCAUCCCCAAAUACUCAUCAAAUGACCGUAGUUUGAAGAUUGCAGUCUUGAUGCUCGCCUACUGCUGACGAUUUCGAGCACAAAUAUCCAGUAACAUUAGCGAUUAUGUCUGAUCAUGUAUGCUUUCAUGGCUUUUAUUUCGAGUGCAGAAUAAACCAAACAUAUA